AUGGCUCUAGGUCUUUCGGGCAACUCUGCCUCCUCUUCGGAGCCCUCCCCGCGUGGGAGCAACGAGAAGAAGCAACCUCAGGGCAACGAAAAGUCCGUCUUCGUCGAUGGCGCUGCCGAUAUCGAGACCGGGUCAACCGGUGAAGCCCUGAGCCGCGACCUUCAUGGGCGCCAUCUUCAGUUCAUCGCUAUCGGUGCUGCUCUGGGAACUGGCCUAUUCAUUGGUAUUGGCUCGGCCUUGGCCAUUGCUGGCCCUGGCUCGCUGCUCAUCGCGUUCCUUUUCGUCGGCCUCAUUGUCUACUCUGUCAUGGUAGCUCUCGGUGAAAUCGCCUCGUACCUGCCUGUCGCUGGUAGCUUUACCGUGUAUGCCGGACGUUUUGUUGAUCCCACCCUCGGCUUCUCCAUGGGCUGGAUUUACUGGUUCAGCUGGGUCAUCACUUUCGGUUUAGAGUUGACUGCUGCUGGUCUCAUUAUCCAGUACUGGAAUUCAACCCUCAGCAUCGGCAUUUGGAUUGCUGUCUUUGGCGUAAUCUUCACGCUCGCCAACUUCUUGCCCAUCCGUUGGUUUGGAGAGGUUGAAAUGUAUCUCUCAAGUAUCAAAGUUGUCACCGUGGUGGGCUUUGUCAUUUUUGCAAUUUGCGUCAAUGCUGGAACUGGACGCGAAGGCUAUAUCGGCUUCAAAUACUGGCGCGAACCCGGCGCCUUCAAUGAAGCCUUUGCUAGCGGCGACACCGGCCGGUUUGUCGCUUUCUGGGCGACACUUAUUACCGCAGGCUUCAGCUUCCAGGGAACAGAGCUGGUUGCUGUCGGCGCGGGUGAGACAGCGAACCCACGCAAGACGAUCCCUUCGGCAAUUCGUUGGACGUACUGGGGUAUCUUCAGUCUUUUCAUCGCCACCGUGUUCUUUGUCGGUAUCAACGUCCCAUACACUGAUGAUAGGCUCAACAGUGACGCACAUGACGCCAGUGCGUCGCCGCUGGUCCUAGUUGCGAUUCGAGCUGGUGUGUCGGUCGUGCCCGACAUCAUCAACGCUGUCCUGCUCACCGCCGUACUAUCUGCCGCCAACUCAGACCUGUACUCGAGCAGUCGUAUUCUCAUCGGUCUUGCCGAAGAUGGCCAUGCGCCUCGAAUCUUCAAGCGAACCAACAGAUUCGGAACCCCGUAUUACUCAGUCGGAUUCUGCUGCAUGUUCGGCUGCCUUGGAUUCCUCAAUCUUAGCUCAAGUGGCAAGGAAGUCUUCGACUGGCUGCUCAGCAUCACCUCGGUUGCGGGCUUCAUUACCUGGUCGCUGAUCAACUACUGCCACAUCCGAUUUAUGAAGGCGCUCAAGGCGCAGAACGUCGACCGCAGCACGCUGCCAUAUGUCGCGCCAUUCCAGCCCUACCUCUCGUGGUUCGGCCUUUUCUUCAAUAUUCUGAUCAUUCUGACUAGUGGUUUCACCGUGUUCAUUAAGUGGAAUACGAGCAACUUCUUUGCUGCAUACGUCAGUGUGCUCAUCUUUGUGGUGUUUUAUGUUGUUCACAAGGCGGUUUAUCGCACCAAGGUUGUACCGUUGACAGAGGUUGAUUUGGUCAAGGGCCGAUCCCAGUAA